AUGUCCACCACCGAGACCAUCAACCAGGCCAGCGAAGCCGUCUCGAGCCUCACGCUCAAGACGGGCGAACAAAAGGACCAAGAAGAAUACCGUUACGCCCACCUGCUGCCGCACUUCGACCCGUCGGAGAAGUUCCCCGCGCUCACCCCGUUCGAGCACGUCGAUCCGGGCUCGCGCGCGCUCAAGCACGCCGAUCCGCUCGCGUUCUUGAAGAAUGCGGCCCGGGUGGUCCAGCUCACGCCCAGACUCGGCACGGAGGUGCGCGGUGUGAGCUUGCUCUCGCUCGAUGGCGACGGCCGUGACCAGUUGGCGCUCGAGGUUGCGAGGCGAGGGUUGAUGGUGUUCAGGGACCAGCACGAAUUUAUAGACGCGGGCCCUGAGUCAUACCUUGAGUGGGGACGUCACUUUGGAAGGCUUCAUGUCCACCCCACGUCCGGCCACCCCAAGAAUCAUCCCGAGUUCCAUCUGGUGUACAAAGACGCGAACUCGACCUUCAACUUCGAAGUCGACGAGAGCAUAACCACGACCGUCUGGCACUCGGACGUGUCCUACGAGCUGCAGCCGCCCGGGCUCACCACGUUCUUCCUGCUCUCCGUGCCGAGCACGGGCGGCGACACACUCUUCACGUCGCAGGCGUCGACGCUCCGCCGGCUCUCGGCGCCGUUCGUCGCGUUCCUGCGCACGCUCAGCGCGGUGCACUCGGGCGUUGAGCAGGCCGCCUUCUCGCGCUCGGGCAGGCGCGGCGGCGUCGUGCGCCGCGAGCCCGUCGAGCAUGUCCACCCGCUCGUGAGGCGGCACCCUGUCACUGGGGAGGAGGCGCUGUAUGUGAAUCGGCAGUUCACGAGGCGGAUCGUGGGUUUGAAGAAGGAGGAGUCGGAAACACUGCUCAACUUUUUGUAUGACCACGUCAGCAAGGCUGGGGACCUCCAGGCGCGCGUGAAGUGGGAGCCUGGCACCGUCGUCCUGUGGGACAACCGUGUCACCGCUCAUUCCGCCAUUGUAGACUACGGCGAGCUCAAGGAGCGCCGUCACGGUCUUCGCAUCACGCCCCAGGCUGAGCGGCCGAUCCCCGCGCUCGAGGGCUUGGAACUCCCUACCCUGUAACUGUAAAGGGUCGAAUAUGUAUUAUAGAAGUCCUGUUACUUGUAAAUGUGUGUCAAAGAUGCUUGACGUCGCAUUUGAGCUGAG